CUAGAAAAGUAGUGUAUCAAUUGAAUUUGCAAUAACCAGAUGAUUACUAAAAAAUUACAUGCAAAUAAUAAAUAAAACUUAUAUUUUCUUGAGCUUCCAGAAAUUGAAAUUUUAGGUACGAUCGAUUUUGCAAAUACAAAAGAAGAAUAAGCGUACGCCUGCGCCACGUUCUGCAUGUAGUCUUUUAUUUCAAGUGCUUAUACGAGCACACAGCAUUGGAAACGAAUUAUGUAGUUUGUUCUGUGAUAUUUAUUAAUGUGAUAUUUUAAGGUGGUUGUGUAAAGACUUGCACAACAAAAAAAAACUUACGAAAAUGCGCAACAACGAAGGAGCGGCAUUAUAUCUAUUACUGUUACUAGUUUUAUGCGUAGAAGUAUAUACGACAAGUGCGAGGCACCUAUCAAGAAACGAAAUUACAGUGAUCAAAGCGUUAGAGGUUAUUUGGCGGAGAGAACUUGUUGGUGGAACGAAGUGUGCAAAGAAGAAUUUCAUAGUAAAUUUCGAUGUCGCUGCCCAAGAUGGUCCUAUUGCCGUGCUCCGGGUAGAUAUUACGAUGCACACUGCAGCAUGACACGCACUGGCUACAUUUGGACUCAACCAGAAACGUCUUUAACGGUCGAGAUUAAUAAAUGAAUCACUCGAGUAUCAAUUUUUUACCAAUCGUUCCUUUACUUGAUCAAAAUGCCAUGAUAUCAAACCUGUAUACCGAAUAUAGCUACUUCUUAUAGAUAUUUAUACCAUAAAAUGGGAAGUUAAUGUUUAUAUACAUUAAUCGAAAAAGAUUUAUCUGAAUUUGUCGCAACCGUUGUACGUUAAAUACAGUUGUGAUGAACGUUCAUUCCUCUCAUUUAUUUCGAGAUCUCUUGUUUCUUGCGUUACUACCUUUUCUGUAACAAACUGUAACAAAUAAAAUAACAAUUUAUUCAG